AUGGGUGAAGAUGCACUGGCAUUAAAGAUAUUAGAAUCAAUAGGAAAAGCCAAUGAGAUUUUUUUUAGUGAGAAAGACCUCCAAGGAUUUGGAAAAAUCACAAAUCAUAGAAUAAAUGAGUUUAAAAAAAGUCUUCAAAUUUUAGAAGAUGCUAAAGUAAUUCAGAAGAUUACAAGCCAUGAUGAAGUUUAUUAUAUUCCCCUAAAAGAAAAAAAAUCUUCUCAAGGGGCAAUAAGAAAGUCUACUUCAUCAACAAAAGGUAGACUACGUGUAUCUGUUACACCAUCAUGUAAAUAUAAAUUAAAUAGUCAAUCAACCAUUGACGAUUUACCAAAAGACAUUAAUGAAUUAAAGUUAUUAAAAGUUGAAUUAAUUUGUAAGUAUCAAAAAACACAAAAACAACUAAAAGCAAUGGAAGCAAAAGCAAAAAGUGCAAAGAAAUGUGAAGGAAAAAAUCUGGAUCAGUUGAUUAAGAAAUGGAAAACUAUAUCUCGAGAUUUAUUAGUUGACAUUCAACAUAAUGAAAUGUGUAGAAACGAAAAUGGUGAUCAAUUUUCAAUGGGAGAGUUAAUCAAACGACUUGAUAUUGAUUCUAGAGUGAUUGGUUUUGAUCCAGAAGCAGAUGAAUUUGUUGAUGAUUAA